AUGAAUAUUAAUAGUUUGGAGUCUCAGAGUAGUAGUGAUCAAACAGUGAUUCAAAAUGUUAUAAUUGAUACAACAUUUGGUAAAUUACUCGGUAGUCGACAUAAUGUUUCCGGUAAUUUGUAUAAUCAAUUUCUAUCCAUACCGUACGCCCAGCCACCUAUUAAUAAAUUGAGAUUUAAAAAACCUGAACCACUAUCUAGUGGUACAACCAGUGGUGAUGGUAUGCGACAAUGGGAUGGCAUACGUGAGGCCAAUCGGUGGCCACCGUUUUGUACGCAAAUAAAUUUGAAACAAUACGAGUAUUUGACAAAAAUCAACAAUUAUGACACUCAGGAGGACUGUCUGUAUUUGAAUAUAUGGACACCUAGUGGUGGGGACUUACCUAAAAAUCUAACUGUCCAUCAAAACGGUAAAUUAUUGCCAGUGAUAGUCUAUAUACAUGGCGGCGUAUUUGUCUAUAUGGGUACCAGUUUUGAUAUAUUCAAUGGCGGCCUAAUGGCCAGUUUGGGACAGUUGGUUUUUGUUUCGUUCAACUAUCGACUGGGUAUAUUUGGUUUUUUGGAUACCGGUGCUGAUGAUUAUGAUAAUGAUGAUGAUAGUGGUGGUAAUGAUGGUAUUGAUAAAAAUGUUGGUUUUUACGACCAAAUACUAGCCUUAAAUUGGGUCAAACAAAAUAUCCGUCAAUUUGGAGGAGAUCCCGAUAGCAUUACACUAAUGGGACAGUCGGCCGGUGCCAUAUCUAUAGGUCUACUAAUGGCUGCACCCGAGGCCAGUCAUCUGUUUCAUCGGGCAAUACUCGAAAGUUCAAGUCCUAUGCAAAUGAAAUUUUUCUACGAAAUAUCUGGCCAUCAAUUUCCGCGUAUUUUACAGCUAACCAAUUGUGGUGGUAGUGGUCGUCAACAGCGCACAGUUAGCCAACAAUACCAAUGUUUACGUCAAGUAUCGGCCGAGGAUCUGAACAAAAUACAUGAGCAACUGAUGACCAAUACGUUUAUGAGUUUUUCGCCAACAAUACCCUCACGAGUAUUACCACAGUUUCCUCGGGAAGCGUUUGACCCGAAUCUGGCCGACAAUGGUAUCCGACAGAAACAAGUGCUCAUAGGUGGCAACGCUGAUGAGGGAACCUUAUUUUUGCAUCAAAUACGGCCCAUAGAGUUCCCAUUAGAUACCGUUCCCGAUAUUAGACGUGAAACAGUUAGCCGGUUAUUGGCGGACAUGUCUAGCGGCGUACGUAAUCUGAGUGACUAUCAACUGGACUCACUGGUCGACCGUAUAGUGGGAACCGACGGUAGUCUAAGUCCCGAGCAAUUACGCCACCGGAUUGCCGAAGUUAUCGGCGAUUUCCUAUUCAAAGGUCCGGUUAUCAAGUUUGCCGAUAGUCUGAGUGAUUGGCCAAACAUUACUGUCUAUAUGUAUUAUUUUACCCAACGAUCGGGUCUAUUGCCCGAAUGGAUAGGUAGUUCACAUUUUGAGGAGUGUCAGUAUGUAUUUGGUUUGCCGCUCAGGUAUCCGCAAAUGUAUGGCCUAUCCACUGAUGAUAGUACUACUACUACUACUACUACUGCUACUACUGUUGACGAGCACCGGGCGUUUAGCCGUAGACUAAUUGAAACAUGGUCACAUUUUGCUAAAACUGGUCAUAUGUCCCGUCAAUUGGGAUCUGUAUGGCCCAGAUAUAGGUCAGGCCAUGGCGUGCACCUGGAGCUCAAUGCCCGGAAAGUUAGUUACGGCACAAAACUAAACAAUACAAACUAUCAGUUGUUUGACUUAGCAUUUGAAUCAAUGGUUUGA